AAAGACAGAAUGCCGGCGACAAACGUCACGUACUAUACGAGAACUGCGUUACGGCGCAAGAAAUGUUCUGACUGGUUGUGACCGUUGUGACAGGAAGAGUUGAUGGUGGUGUGCUGAGUUUAAUGAUACACUGUUUCCUUAGUGCGAGAUAUAUUGAUAACAUGAAUACGAGAUUUUCAGAAGUAAUAUGGAUCUGAUCUACGCCUUAUUUCGCAAACAUACAACGAAUUCUGCGAAAUCUCUCCAGAAUUACGAAUGGUACACUUUGCAUGAGGGCCACACACUGUGUUCAGUUUCAAGCCAGAAUAUCGUUGCCUUUACAACAACUACAGAACUUGAAGACAUCAGUGGGAAAACAUGGGGCUCUCAUGUGUAUGUUGCAGAUCUGAACACACCCUGGCACAGUCACAAGGUUGUUUCAAAUAAAGCUGGCGUGACAGCACUAGAAUGGGACAUGCCAGGGGACAAGCUCCUGUUGGCUGAUACAGCUGGAAAUGUGCAGUUGUGGAGCUUCAGGGACCAUAUCCUCAAUGACUGGCUGUGCCUUGGGACAGCCUCUUUUCCUGGUGAACACAUCCUUGGGGCAGCAUUUUUCCAUAAUGGCAAGAAGAUUAGUCUGGUCUCUGAGAAGAAGGAUAACAUUUUCUACAAUGAGAAGUUCACCCACCUGCGGUUUCCACCCUCUGUUCGCUACUUUGGAGGACGACCAAUGGAAGGCUGUCUUGUGAUCAGUACCACAGGAAUGGUUGGGGUUGUGAUAGCAUCACGAGAAGGCCACCAGGGAUCUCCACAGCUUAUCAUAACAAGUGACAGUCUGGGAUCAACGAGGCACCGAAUCACUGCUGUUGACAUUUGUUAUGGGAAAAAUGGACACUUCCUGGUGGCAGUCAGCAGCGGCAGUGUGAGUCUUCCCAUCCAGUGUUUCCGAGUGUCAGUGAAGCAGAGUGAUGACAAGUGUAUCAUCAUGUCUCAGGCUUUGCCAAGCUUCUUUCUUCAGUCCAGUCCUAUCAAGGAGAACCAGUAUCGCCAUGUUGUGCAACUGAAGUUUGUUGUGCGGGAGGAUGCUGAUUCAUUGGUUGUGGCUGCAAAUGGUGAUAGUGGCUGCCUCGUUGAAAUCUGGGAAUUGCGGGAAAAGCCUAUGCCAAUACACAAACUCUUCCAGCCGAAGUCUCACUCUUCCCAGCCAGAACCAUUCAAGACUGUAUUGUGGCAACAUCAGUCACACUUUAUGUCCUCGUCUCCUGUAGUGUGCAUAACAACGUCCAAACUGUCUAUCACCACAGCGAUGCCUCCCCCAUGUUACGUGAUGGUGGCACUUGCAGACGGCUCGAUUCACUGUCUGUACAGGGAUUCACUCAAACAGGUUGCCACAGCAUCACUGAACCAAGCAUGGAGACAAGAGGAAGCCCCAACUUCAAAGCAGCAACGGCUUGGCUUAAGGAUAUCGCACCUCGACAUGAGUUGGUUGGGCUGUAUACUGGUGGCUGCAGACACACAGGGGCAGCUCUACCUUUAUCGUCUCUUACCCAUUGCAGAACCAGGAGGCCCUAUGACAGUUCCAUAUGCUUGUACACUUCUGGAGUACUGUCUAGUGACAGGACUAGACUGGUGGGACCUCCUUGUGUCAUUACGUCCUUCCAUGAUGGAUACGGUGUGUGAACGUUUCACAGAAAGUUUCAAUCGGCAGCUGCAACACGUACAACAGUUCCACUACGUUCAGUUCCUCAACAUCAAGACAUCACUGUACAGACUGACAGUGAAUGGACAGUCCAAAGCAGCAGACCUAACAUCUCUCCUCAUGUUGCAUUCUGUAGCAACAGCAUUCAAAUCCCUGCUACGACCUUCGGACCUCUCAAGUCAUGACAAGGGACCUGCCGAAAGUCUGGCCGCGGUGAUGAUGGACUCUCUGACAGACGUGGACAAGGUGCUGUUCCACCUGGAGGCAAAGGAGUUCACAGUGGAGCCAAGCACUCUUCAGUCACUGCAACAGCUGAUCCAGUGGGUGGCAGAUCUGGCUCUCAAUCUGUUGGCGAGACUGCCAGAGCAACGGCAGCCUGGCAAGAGCUCUGGGUAUGAGUUGCUACGCGAUUAUAAGGCUCUCAAUACACUUCGAGAGCUCCUGGUCAUUAUCCGGAUUUGGGGCCUGCUGCGUCAGAGCUGUCUGCCCGUGUUCGUCCGCAGUGCUGAGAAUCUUGACGUGUUGGCUCUUCUGUUCAAACUUCUUUCACGCCUUAUACAGACUUCAGAACCUGAUGAAAAUCUCCUAGACGAAUGCUGCCUGCUUCCGAGUCAGGUAAUGAUUCCCCAGCUGAACCCAUCCACCAAGAUCGUUGCAGUGGCCUCUCCUGCACUAUUCUAUCAGUCGCUGCCAAUACAGCUUGAGUUUGGAGUAGAACCUGAGUCCCUGUACUUUGUGCCAGAGCUGAGCCCCGUGGAGGGCGCCAUGCAGACAGAGCAGACAGUAGACAGCAUCCGGCACAUCUACUUGGGAAGACAGCCCCUCGUGGUGAAACAGUGCAGCAGGUGUGGGUGUAAGGCUCAGGUGCAAAGCAUGACACGUACAGCUGCCAUACGCGCAUGGGACCAGCGAUGGGCACGGGCAUGCAGAUGUGGAGGUCACUGGAGGAUACACAGGUUUCUCUGACUCAGCGACAGUGACAAAAUUCGAACAAUUUGGUCAGAUUUUGUUGAGAUGAAUCAUGUAAAUCAUUCCCAUCAGUUACCAUAGAAAUGAAUGCUGUAUCUGUGUAGUUUGUAGUAAAUGGUACAUGAAUACAACUUCCUACUCAACUAAA